UACCCCAUUUUUAGAAAAAAAAAGAAAAAGAGGGGAGAAUUUUUGUAACAUAUUUAUGAAUGUGCUAAUCAAAAACAUAUUUAUUAAUGUGUACAAUUGCUUAUGGUUGCCUUGUGGAACUUUUCUAGCUUGAGGCCUCAUCAUGUGAUGCAAUAUAAGUUUUUAAUGUCAUCCGCUGCAAGUCUCAAUGUCACAGCGCUAUGUAGAGAGGGUUGGUUCCCUGUAGUUUGUAACAGAUUUCCUCCACUAUUACGUACCUGCUUCGUUAAGAAUGCGUUUUUACAAGGUAAAAAAAUCCACUCUCUCAUUGCAGACAGUAAAUUUAUAUCUGCUUCAUACACAUCUUUACAAAAUAAGCUCAUCAACAUGUAUGUCAAGUGUGGGAGUUUGGUUGAUGCCCAUAAAGUUUUUGACGGCAUGAAAGAACGAGAUAGCAUCUCCUGGAAUACCAUCAUUGCAGCUUACCAGAGACAGGAGUAUCUUAACGAGGCAUUGAUUCUGUUUACCCAAAUGCAACGAACAGGUGUCCAACCAGAUCACUUCACCUUUGCUACCAUACUCCCAGCCUGUGCCAAAACAUUGUCUUUGGAUCGGGGUAUGGACGUCCAUCAAAGUGUAAUCGAAGGGGGAUUUUUAUCAGAUGUUGUAGUUGCAAGUGCCCUGGUAGACAUGUAUGCAAAAUGUGGAAGCGUACAUAAAGCCCGAGAACUGUUUGACAAAAUACCUCAAAAAAAUGUGGUCUCCUGGACUGCAAUGAUUACAGGAUAUGCACAAAAUGGUGCUCUUGACGAAGCGUUAAAGAUUUUCAAAGAAAUGCCCGGACCAGACAUUAUCUCAUGGAACGCCAUGGUUGCCGGAUACGCUCAGAAUGGAUUUGUCGAUAAGGCCAUAGAAACAUUUAAGCAACUACAAAUGGUAGGUUUAAUGCCAAACUCCACAACCUUUGCCAGCAUCCUCUCAGCCUGUGCCAAAGUGGGAGCUUUGGAGCAGGGUAUGGACAUCCAUCAAAGUAUAGUCAAAACUGGAUUUUCACCAGAUAUUGUAGUUGCAAGUGCCCUCGUAGACAUGUACGCAAAAUGUGGAAGAAUACACAAGGCACGUGAACUGUUCGACAAAAUGCCUCAAAGAAACGUGAUCUCAUGGACUGCAAUGAUUGCAGGAUAUGCACAAAAUGGAUUUUUUGAAAAGGCAUUAGAAACUUUCAAUGAAAUGCAUUUGGCAGGUAUAAAUCCAAAUUCAACAACAUUUGCCGGCAUCCUCCAAGCUUGUGCCAAAGUUGGAGCUUUGGAACAAGGUACGGGUUUCCAUCAAAGAUUAAUCGAAAGCGGGCUUUUGUCAGAAACGAUUGUUGUCAAUGCCCUGAUAGACAUGUAUGCAAAAUGCGGAAGCAUACACAAGGCAUGGGAACUAUUUGACAAAAUGCCCCAGAGAAGUGUGAUCUCAUGGAAUGCCAUGAUUACAGGAUAUGCGCAAAAUGGAUAUUGCAAGAACGCUUUCACGCUCUUUGAACUUAUGAAGUACUCUGGAACAGACCCUGACCGUGCAAGCUUUGCUUGUGUUAUAUUCGCAUGCAGCCAUGCUGGUCUAGUAGAUGAGGGCUGCAAAUAUUUCGAAAGCAUGAGUGUCUCUUAUUGCAUUACCCGCAUAAUUGAUCAUUAUGUCUGCAUGGUUGACCUUCUUGGCCGUGCUGGCUAUCUUGAAGAAUCUCUAAACUUUAUUAUUAAAAUGCCCAUUAAACCCCUGGCGAUUGUAUGGAUGUGUUUGCUCGGUGCCUGUAAGUCAUAUAAGAAUAUAGUGUUAGGAGUAUUUACAGCAAAUCUCCUUUUUGAGCUGGAUCCUAAAAAUGCCGCGACUUACGUUCUUCUGUCAAACAUCUACGCAGAGCUGGGUAAGUGGGGUGAGGUUCAAAAGAUAAGGAGAUUGAUUAAAGAUAGAGGAAUCAAAAAGGUGCCCGGAUGUAGUUGGAUUGAAGUCGAUAAAAAGGUGCAUGUUUUUGUGUAGGAAAAAGAUCACACCCACAAACACAGGAGAACUAUGCAAAGUUGGAGUAAUUGUUUCCAGAUGUGCAAGCAGCAGGGUAGUUUACAGAUUGAAGACAUUUCAUUGAAUGGUGUGGAGGAAGAUGACAAAGUUAUUCCUCUUCUAUCAUGGUGAGGAGUUGGCAAUUAAUUUGGAUUGUUAAAUGCAUCUCCUUUAACAACUACUAGAGUUGUCAAGAACUUCCAAAUAUGUCUUGCCUGCCACACUGCAACCAAGUUUAUUUCCGAGACAAAAAAAAAUUGCAAGGAUGUAACCGGUUUCAUCAUCCCAAAGGACUAUGUUCUUGUGGCAUUUGUGACAGUAAAUGAAGCAAUGUGGAAAUAUAUGCCUGACAAUAAGCUGCAUCCUGUCAAAUCUGCAGUGAAAAGAAGGAAUCGGGUUUUAUUUUGUUUCUAAAUAGUAUUCUUUUCUAUGUAGAGAUUUGGACCAUACUGUUGACUUCAUAAAUCAGAUAUAUAUUAUACAAUGUACUUCCACUGCCAAUAUGUAGCGAUAGGUAUCUUUUAAAACCCUGUUUUCUAUUACCUCAGAAAUGUCAAGGCAUUGAACUGUUUUUCGAGAACCUUGCACAACUUUGGGAGGGAAAGACGGAGAAAAAAACAAAAUUGAAGUUUGAAGGAAACUGGAAGGAUCCUCGGCAAGCAGUCGAUGUGAGAGAAGGGCUUAUAAUCAAACCAAUGCUUGAAGACGAUGGGAGAGCAUCUCUUGCAGAGCAAGGGCGGACUACCACUAAUCUAUUGACUAGCAUAGUGGAGGCACUAAAAGCUGGAUAGAGGCAGGCUGAUUCAUGUUUUGGAGCAAUCUCAUUUCAUAUUUGCGGUGAUCAAAUACAAUGCAAGUCGUCCACUUAUGAGCAAGGGAUAGCGCAGUUUUGUAGGUUGCAUUCUUUAUUGUAGACCGUGAGCUUGAGGGAGAGGGCAAACUUUUUUGGAGAUCGCCCUUCUGCAUGUACAAGUCGAUUUUUUGUUGGAAUGGUCGCACAUGAAGGCUGAUUCACGCCUGGUUAAGGGCACACAUUUGCUGAUUCUUUAAUUUACUAGCAGAAUUGACGUUUAAAUUGGCAAAAUUGGCUUCAAAUUCAGCGGUUUCUCUUGUGGAGGUAUUUUUUCACGGUAACUCUCUUGUAAAUGCGCCAAUUCCUUUCUGCCAAGGGUUUUCUAAGACCAAAACCAGCAGUAUUUGUUGCUACUGGUAGGCGUAGGCAAGGGUAGAACUAGUAUAAUUCUUUUCCAUAUCUGGAAGGAGGCCAAUUUCUUUAGUUGAUUGUAUAGAUUUUUUAUUUUACACAAAUAGUGUGGAUGGAUUAGAUGUAGAAAAUUACAAUUUGGGGAUGGAAUUAGGCAGAUCGUAGUCUUGCCCAUUUACAUGCAUUUGGGAAGAUUGUUUUAAUUGACCAUUUUUCAUUUCUUUUGUGGAAUUCUAAAGUUUCUUUUGAAACUAGACUAACGAAAACUUCAAAAUGAACUUAUGUUUUGAAAACAA